CAGAGCACUUCAGAAAAAAGCGACAACGUUCUCGUCCCGCUCGCCUAAUUUCGUGUGUGUGUCUGUCGAGCCGUUUUCGUUGCGUUGUGUUUUUCCGUCAGCGUUCGUUUUAAUCCCUUAAGCCUAAUGAACAGUGUCUAUGUGAUGUCUGUCUUUGCUGCGUGUGUCAUCACCAUCGCCCCAUAAUUGCUGUGCAGUUUGUGGAGAAAUAAUUUUAAAAAUAAGUUAUCCUAGUACACGGAGCGAUCUAGUAGGCUGAAGCUGGUGUAUUUGUGCGAGUGCGUGUAUAAAGUGUUUUUUAUAUGGUGUUUGUGUCCCCGUGUUUCAUGCACGCCGCGUGUGUGCGGUAUUUCUUUUCUUUUUGGUUCGACGAGCAGCGUGCGUAGUGCAACCAAUAUUUGAGGAAAAGAAUGCAUUUUAUCGGCUAGCAGCUCUGUGGUGUACAGUGUGUGUCCCGUGUUUUUGUGUGUGCGUUUUAUCCUGCGCGUGUGUAUGAAUGUUUACCGAGCGAUAGUGCGUAAGUGUUGUGCGUUUGUGUCGUGGUUCGGUGCACAUCGGUGCUCUUCCGUUCCAUCCAUUUGCUGCCGCUUUCUCGCGUCCAUUGAUCGUGUCGCGUACUACGCUGCAGUAGGGAUUCAGUUUGCCAGUGAUUGGUCGCUGUGUGGUGACGGUCCUCUAUCAAAAACCCACCGAAGUGGUUGGCAACCGUUAUCGGAAGAAGAAAACAAAACAAAUAAUCCCGCAGUUAUCCGGCCGGUACAGUGCAAGGAUUCACGGCCGCAGUUUUCGACACACAAAAGUUUGUUGUUUGUUUUCUUUUCCCGGAAAACCCGGAGGAACGGCGGAAAUCCAGAUUCGCAGCGGUAGAACAAGAUCCACCUAAACGGCACCCUCAGCUUGGAACGAACAGCCACAGCCACAAAAUGGAAGCCGUUGCAAAGCAUGACUUUAACGCCACAGCGGAUGAUGAGCUGAGCUUCAGAAAGAGUCAGGUUUUAAAGAUUUUAAAUAUGGAAGACGACAUGAACUGGUACCGGGCGGAGCUCGAUGGCAAGGAAGGACUGAUACCUAGCAAUUACAUAGAAAUGAAAAAUCACGACUGGUACUACGGGCGCAUCACACGAGCGGACGCGGAAAAGCUGCUAUCGAACAAACACGAAGGAGCCUUCCUGAUACGGAUCAGUGAAUCGAGCCCCGGUGACUUUAGCCUGUCGGUCAAGUGUUCCGAUGGUGUGCAACACUUCAAGGUGUUGCGCGAUGCACAGGGCAAGUUCUUCCUCUGGGUGGUGAAGUUCAACUCACUGAACGAGCUGGUCGACUACCACCGUACCGCUAGUGUGUCUCGAUCGCAGGACGUUAAACUGCGCGAUAUGGUGCCAGAAGAGAUGUUGGUGCAGGCUUUGUACGACUUCGUAGCGCAAGAAUCCGGCGAACUGGACUUCCGACGAGGGGACGUCAUCACGGUGACGGAUCGUUCCGAUGAGCAUUGGUGGAAUGGCGAGAUCGGCAACCGGAAAGGACUGUUUCCAGCAAUAUACGUAGCACCGUACCAUUCAUAAAACAUAAGUAUUUUACUCGCCUCCUGGCGCACAGCACACCGUACAUGCAUACCCUCACACAUAUACACAUGCCAGCCGCGGGGAACAAGCGAGCGGAAUGGACAGCAAACGUGCAAAACUGCGAACCACGUCUCAACCGAGACAGAAUGGGCAAAACUGCGAGCGCCCGCAAAACUACAAACCUUCCACAAAGGCUCCAUCAUCCCCACAGUUGGUGGGCGCAUAUAUGCGCUCAGUUUUAUAGUACAGUUUAUACACGUUUUGAAUACAGUAACCCCAACCCAACAGAAAUUCAGAUUAUUGAACAGCAAGGAAGGUAUUAGCCGUAACGAAAAUGUCAACCAUUAAUAAUUGCCAGCAGUAAGCAGUGUGUGUGUAAAGAUCGCUAGGGGAAUUGCAACAAUUCGAAACUCACAACAAUGGAACCUUCCCGUUUUUAGUAUCUCGCCUCCUCUCUCUCUCUAUCCACACACACACACACACACACGCACACAUACACAAACGCAAUACCAGGAUUAUGUUAAUCGAGGCUGACGUUCGGGAACGGAAUCACCGCAAAUGAUAAAAAUCCCCUCCCUCCCCCCAAAUCCCUUUAAAUAUUAUAUAUUUUUUAAAUGUGUAGAGAACAAUGCAAAAGAAACGGAAAAAGGAAGGAAACAAUGUAACGGAACAGCAACGUAAAACGGAGUACGCAAUAGAAAACGUGCCAGGUGUCAAAUGAACGGGAGAAGUUAGAAAGACUCGAAACAUGCGAAUGGAAGUGUUGUAAUAUGCUAGUUGUGUAGCAAUCGGGCUAAUAUUGAACGUUAAAGUUAGGUUUACAGAAGGGAAAGAAAAGUAAAAGCAAAAAGAGCAGGACCGUAACCACCUUGUGUACCACGUCUCAUAGAAUAUCACACAAAUCAAAAUGAGAUCAAAAGAUAGAACCUCACAAAAAGAGUUCGAAACCCCCCAAUUCGAAUAAGCGAAAGGAACAUGUUUUAUUGCUAGCCCUUUUUGCUGCAAAUGCUUGCGUUAAUUUGAUCGAUAUCAAACCUAUGCCGCAAACACACACAAUCUCAUUUUUAGAUGCUUAGUUUAGAAACAGUUUUUUGUACAAUCUUACACAAUUUAUACUCCUUUUUAACACACAGUGCAUUUGGUUUGCUGUACGAUCAGCAUCCCAUCGGGUCACGGCUUGUGUAUGCGUGUGUGUGUGUGUGUGUAUAGUUCAACUAGUACCGUUGAAUGGAAAUGUGUCCCCCAACCAUUUUGUACUCAUCCUUUUUGAUGCACGUUGGCAUUUGUUUCGGUUUUACAAUCUCCCCAGUCAACCUUUGCUUGGUCAUUUUCAAAAUAAUGGAGAUGUUUCAAAAGGUUGAAUUUGAAUGUGAUUUUGUAAACAUCCUUUACCUGGUUUUACCCUGGUAUAGAUACAGCCAAGCGUGGGAAGUGAAACACAAAUCAAAACCAUAAAGUAAGCUGCAUUUGCUGCAACAUUUACAAUUGUGGAAGCUCCACAAAUUUGCGCAAUAUGUUUCCGUAAAUUUCGUAUCGAGUGUGUGUGUGUGUGUGCGUAUUUGCCAAAAUGAGACGAUCGGAUUUUUGAAACUUUAAUUAAGCGUAUUAAAAACGAAAACAAAACCAAUCCCUCUAACGUACCGCAGAUUGUGGAGCAACUGGCAAUGCCGAAAACGAGCGCGUGAUGUGUGGCGACUGAAGCGAACAGCGAAUCAGAUCGGAAGGAAAACAAGAAAGUAUGAAGGUGAAAGAAUAAAUGAAUCCUCAAGUGAACCCAUUUGUAUAAAGGUUAAGCAUAUUAUCAAAAUAGCGCAUUUCUUCAAACAAGUGACAUAAUAAAGUUGAAAGAAGAACUCAAAAAAACAAACAAACAGCGAGACAAAGGAAAAACGAGCAAAUCAAUGGGAGAUGAAACGAAACAUGAGCAAACGACAAAUGCAAUGAUGGUGAAAGUAGUUCGUACGUGUGAGGAGUGUGUAUGUGCGUACCUUCUCGGGAAGUGCGAGAACCAUAUACUAUCUAAUUAGCGAGGCCACAAAAUGAAACAACAACAAACGCUUGGAAGGUCGGAAGGACGGGAACGGACGGCGGCGAGAGAGACUAGUGGAGAAAAGUAGUAGUGAACAUGGAAUAAGAAAAAAAAUUAUUAAGAGCAAACAAGAAACAAACUAAUAAUAA